ACCCCGCCGCGGCCCCGGAAGCGCCUCGUCCUGAGCUGCGGUGGCGGCGGUCGCCGGGAUGCCUGCGCGGCUGGGCGGCUGACGGCGGAGUAGGAACGGGCCCCGUGCCCGGAAUCUCGGCUGCCGCUGCUAGAGAGCGGCCUGCGCCAUGGCCAACUCAGCCGCCUCCUCAGAGCAUUUCGAGAAACUGCAUGAGAUCUUCCGCGGUCUCCAUGAAGACCUACGAGGGGUGCCGGAGCGGCUCCUGGGGACGGCUGGGACAGAAGAGAAGAAGAAGUUGAUCAGAGAUUUUGAUGAAAAGCAACAGGAAGCAAAUGAAACGCUGGCAGAGAUGGAAGAGGAACUACGUUAUGCCCCCCUAUCUUUUCGUAACCCUAUGAUGUCUAAGCUUCGAACCUACCGGAAGGACCUUGCCAAACUCCAUCGGGAAGUGAGAAGCACACCUUUGACAGCCACUCCUGGGGGUCGAGGAGACAUGAAAUAUGGUACAUAUGCUGUAGAGAAUGAGCACAUGAAUCGGCUACAGCCUCAAAGGGCAUUGCUUCUGCAAGGCACUGACAGCCUGAACCGGGCCACCCAGAGUAUUGAGCGUUCUCAUCGGAUUGCUGCAGAGACUGACCAGAUUGGCUCAGAAAUCAUAGAAGAACUGGGGGAGCAACGUGAACAGUUGGAACGUACCAAGAGUAGACUGGUAAACACAGGUGAAAACUUGAGCAAAAGUCGGAAGAUUCUCCGUUCAAUGUCCAGAAAAGUGACAACCAACAAGCUGCUACUUUCCAUUGUCAUCUUACUGGAGCUAGCCAUCCUGGGAGGCCUGGUUUAUUACAGAUUCUUUCACAAGCACUGAACCUCCUACAGGGAACGGUUUGUGGACCAGGACUGUGACUCUGUGAAUGGUGUUAGAGACGUGGAAAAAUCUUACUGUUGCUGUGAGCUAACGGUUCAAGAAGGCACUGUGUAGCCAGACUGUGGGAGGAGGGAGGAAGAUGGAAAACCACUUAAAUGUGAAGGAACAGCAAUAAGACCAGUAUGAUAUACCAAGGUAGUAAA